AUGAAAUAUUGCAAAGUGGAAUUACGCUUCAUCAACCAAAGGAAACUCUCUCCAUCACAACCAAACUCAGUUCUCGUUUUCAUCGAAACCAAAUCUGAAGAGAUCUUUGUAAACCCAACAACCGGUCACCAAACCAGCCGGUCCACUCCGGCUUCACCAUCUUUUUUCGAUACUAUCAAUCUCUGUAGUUCUAGUCACCACCACAUCCGAUCACUUCUCCGUAGUCGGUUCGUUAGCUACCAUUUUUUGUGUGAUAUCUUAGCCCCAGAGAUCGCGACGGAGGCAAUCAACUUAGGUUUUGGACGAAACGGCUUUACCUUCACCGUGGUCGUCACAGUUACUAACCGGACCGUCUCCGUUACUUCAAACGACACAGAAAUCAUUGAGAAUGGUUCUACUAGAGAGGAUAAAAGCAGAGGAAUUAAAGAGUUCGAACAUGGAAACAGAGUCGUGUUCCAUCUGUUUCCACGAUCUCUCCAGUCCGAAACCUAG